GUCAAGUACCUGUAUCACCGUUCAGAGGACUGUGUCAGCUUGGGCUAGAUUGUUUCCGGAUAAAUUGAAAAAGUGUGGAUCCUGAACAAUCGCCAUUAUAUUUUCUCCACACGUGCUGUCCAGGGCAACGAUCACAUGACAUGCCAGCCUUUAGGCUUUAGGCAUCCCCAUUGCGGUCCAACUGCCAAUCUGCUGUCAAACAGAGCAAACCUCUUCCCCGCCUGCCGAGCCAUCGGUAUUUGGAGACGAUUAUUCAUCUUUUCUUGAAAUCAAUGAAAACGAUGCUUACUUAUUUUUCGUCAAUGUCAACACAUAUCUCUAUCAUUGGUAUCCAUGAUCCAUAGCUCAUCAUGAGAAUUCCAUUCUUUUUAUAGCAUCAACAUAUCAAUCAAUGGCGUCCCUUCUAACUGAUACCCUUCCCUGGCAUGAUGGCGAAAUACAAAUGCGCAGCUUGCUGCGUAUUCCGCCUAUCAUCAACCCCACAGUGCCUUCUCUAAGUUACGGGGCAACUUAUUUGCUCUUAAACUCGCCUUUGCUUGCUAUCGGUGCCGUUGAUCGAGAGGGCCGGCCUUGGUCAACGCUUUGGGGUGGUGAAGUAGGCUUCGCCAAGCCAACUUCUCAAUCCAAGAUCGAGGUUAGGACCCCUGUUGAUAGCAAGCACGAUCCUCUAGCAGAUAUACUGCUACAUAACAACUCAGGGGAGUCCGGGCAGUUGGUCUCUGGCUUAGUUGUCGAUCUAGCGACCCGCAAAAGGGCAAAGCUUUUUGGGAGGAAAAUCACAGGAUCAAUACAAAUGGACGAAGAGAACCAGACUGGCCCCAGCAAAGUAGGGUUUGCGCAUUUGUUUGUGCAAAUAGAAGGAAGUCUUGGCAAUUGUCCCAAGUAUAUAAAUAUUAGAAACAUUACCCCGACUCUGCCUACUCCAAGACUAAUCUCGGAGUCCCCUCAACUGCCCUCUAGCGCUUUGAAGCUCCUUGAUCGUGCGGACACGUUGUUUAUAUCCUCACGACAUGGAGACGUGGAUAUGGAUACCAACAUCCGUGGUGGACCUCCAGGCUUUGUCCGUGUUAUAUCUAACGAACCCAGCGGAGCCGUAUUUGCUUACCCGGAAUAUUCUGGCAAUCGCCUGUAUCAAACUCUGGGUAACCUUAAAACAACACCCUUGGCGGGUUUUGUCUUUCCGGAUUUUGAAACAGGAGAUGCAUUAUACGUCACUGGACAAACUGAGGUCUUGGUGGGGAAAGAGGCCGCCGCUCUCAUUCCACGAUCGAACCUAGCCGUGAAAGUGACUGUCACCGCAGCUCGGUACGUAGAGAAAACAUUAGCAUUUCGUGGCGUUGCAGGAGCAAAAUCUCCAUAUAAUCCAGGUGUACGAUAUUUGGCCAGCGAAAAGGCUAGCCCUGCUGCUAUAGGAGAUGAAAAAUCCUCUGUUACAGCUAUGUUGGUGAAGAAGGAGUUACUUACCCCGACAAUAUGCCGGUUUCGUUUUCAAAUAUCAAAUCCAUCGAAGAUUGGGACAUGGGCGCCUGGACAAUAUGCUACCCUCUCCUUCCAAGAAGAGUUGGACAUGGGGUAUAGCCACAUGAAAGAUGAUGACCCACUGAGUAUCAACGAUGACUAUGUCCGAACUUUCACAAUUUCGUCCUAUCCAGUACAUAACCGCUCUACAGAGUUUGAGAUAACUGCUCGGAGACACGGUAAUGUAACCGAUCACCUUUUCAGAACCAACGAGCGAGCGGGUUUGGAGGUACCUUUGAAAGGCUUCGGCGGUGACUUCUAUUUGAAAACACCAAGUGAGCAUCACAAAAUUCCAUUCAUAGCCGGUGGUAUCGGAAUUACGCCACUUCUUGCCCAACUCCCUGAUAUCGAUGUCAGUCGCUUACGUUUGCUUUGGUCAAUUUCCAUUCGUGACCUUGGUCUGGUUUUGGACACAUUCAAUCGAUUCCCUCAAUUACCCCACGCCACAGGCCUUUUCAUAUCUGGGCCUGAGCCACAGGAUGAGAAGAUUACUGAACAACUGGAGACAUUAAUCGCAUCUGGGGCACGAGUUGAACGUCGCCGAAUGGAAGCUAUAGAUCUAGAUCUGUCAUUGGCGGACGUAUGGUACUUCUGUGGUGGUCCUUCCUUGAAGAGUUCGGUGUGGAAUUGGCUUACCGGAAAAGAAAUAGUACAUGAAGAUUUCCACUAUUGACUUAAUGAGAUAUCGUUGAAGGAUCUCGCAUUGCGGUAUAUCUUAGGACAUAUAUAUAUCUCUCUCUCUCAUGUGUAUCUACAACAUGGCACUGCGGUGGAGUUGAGUAUAAGGUCAUUUAGUUCAAUAAAGUCAAG